UUCGGUGAGGAGAGGGGCGGAGCUGAGGCCGCUCAGUCAGCCUUGGGAAGCCGGGAAGGACCUACUGUACCUCUCUCUCUCUGUCUCUUUCAGCGGCGGCUGUAACUGCAACAGCCGCGGUGGCGUCGGCGGCUGUGCGGAGUCCAGCCUCCUCCUCCCCGGGACUGACAGCCGGCUAUUCCGGCCUGGGCGGAGAGGUCAUAGCUGGGAAUGUAUGACAACAUGUCCACAAUGGUGUAUCUAAAGGAAGACAAGUUGGAGAAACUCACUCAAGAUGAAAUUAUUUCUAAGACUAAGCAAGUGAUUCAAGGACUAGAAGCUUUGAAGAAUGAGCACAAUUCCAUCUUACAGAGUUUACUGGAGACACUGAAGUGUUUGAAGAAAGAUGACGAAACAAAUUUGGUGGAAGAAAAAUCAAACAUGAUUCGUAAGUCUCUGGAAAUGCUGGAACUUGGACUCAGUGAAGCACAGGUAAUGAUGGCCUUGUCAAAUCACUUAAAUGCAGUGGAAUCAGAGAAGCAGAAAUUACGAGCUCAGGUUCGCAGGCUAUGCCAGGAAAAUCAAUGGCUAAGAGAUGAGCUAGCCAAUACCCAGCAGAAAUUACAAAAGAGUGAACAGUCAGUGGCUCAGCUGGAAGAAGAAAAGAAGCACCUAGAAUUUAUGAAUCAGUUAAAAAAAUAUGAUGAUGAUAUAUCUCCUUCAGAGGAUAAAGACACAGAUUCUACCAAAGAGGCCCUGGAUGAUUUAUUCCCCAAUGAUGAAGAUGACCAAGGACAAGGGAUUCAACAGCCACAUAGCAGUGCAGCAGCAGCUGCCCAACAGGGUGGCUAUGAGAUCCCAGCAAGAUUAAGGACCCUUCAUAAUCUUGUCAUUCAGUAUGCUUCCCAAGGCAGAUAUGAAGUUGCUGUACCCCUCUGUAAACAAGCACUUGAAGACCUGGAGAAGACAUCAGGUCAUGAUCAUCCUGAUGUUGCCACUAUGUUGAAUAUACUUGCAUUGGUAUACAGGGACCAGAAUAAAUACAAAGAUGCAGCAAACUUACUGAAUGAUGCUUUGGCUAUUCGUGAAAAGACCUUGGGCAAAGAUCAUCCAGCGGUUGCAGCAACUUUAAACAAUCUUGCAGUGCUUUAUGGAAAAAGAGGAAAAUACAAGGAAGCUGAACCAUUAUGCAAGAGAGCAUUGGAAAUCAGAGAGAAGGUACUGGGAAAAGACCAUCCAGAUGUUGCCAAACAGUUAAAUAAUCUGGCCUUACUAUGUCAGAACCAGGGUAAAUAUGAAGAAGUGGAAUACUACUAUCAACGGGCACUUGAGAUCUACCAAACGAAACUGGGGCCGGAUGAUCCAAAUGUAGCAAAAACCAAGAAUAAUUUGGCAUCCUGCUACUUGAAACAAGGCAAAUUUAAGCAAGCAGAAACUCUGUACAAAGAGAUCCUUACUCGUGCCCACGAAAGGGAAUUUGGCUCUGUGGAUGAUGAAAAUAAACCGAUCUGGAUGCAUGCUGAAGAGAGAGAAGAAUGCAAAGGAAAGCAAAAAGAUGGCACUACUUUUGGUGAAUAUGGAGGAUGGUAUAAAGCUUGCAAAGUUGAUAGUCCAACAGUUACAACUACAUUAAAGAAUCUUGGAGCACUUUACAGACGCCAGGGCAAGUUUGAAGCUGCUGAAACAUUAGAAGAGGCAGCAAUGAGGUCCCGUAAACAGGGUCUUGAUAAUGUUCACAAACAGAGAGUUGCUGAAGUGCUCAAUGACCCAGAAAGUAUAGAGAGAAGGCGAAGCCGCGAGAGCCUCAAUGUCGACGUGGUAAAGUAUGAGAGUGGCCCUGAUGGAGGAGAGGAAGCCUAGAUGCCUUUUCUGAUUCUUACACUGUCUCCUGCAUGGCGGGCGUGCAGCAUCUUCAAGCUCUAACUUCUCUCCACUACUGACUGCUGUGCAUUUAGCAAUCCCUUAAGAUCCUUGUCAGAGCUGCACUUCUUGUAAAAAUGGCCACUUCUUCAGUGCUGGUGUCUCUCUUUCUUUGGGACAAGGGUUCCUCUUUUUUCCUGUACAUGUGUAGCUUUGCCAGAUAUGUAUCUAGUCUUACAAAAUGUGGUGUUAAAUAACCAUUUGCUGUGUAACAGAUGAGAAUUAACAAAACUAAGAAUGAACUUGAUAAGUAGCUGUUUCACUAUGAUGAAAGGUAGUUUAAAUUAUCACACAAGGUGUUAUUAAAAUGGCAUGAUGGUGACCUUUACAGAAUAAACAGGUGGGUUUUUUUAUUUAAAAAAGCAAGGCAUGUGCUCCACAGUGCUUUAAAGUGUAUUUAGAGACCUAUAACAUGGGUUAACAUCAAUAUGGAACUCUGGAUGUCUUCACUUACCGGUAUGCUUAUCCUAAAGUAGCAGUGCUGUUUAGUCUUCAUGUGAAAGUUCAGCAGUUAUGCUUUUCUCUACUAAUCUUGGUGUUGGGUGACUUUGUGUAUCUGUCUUUCUAACUUCUAAUAAACUCACUCCAACUGAUGCCUGUUUCUGUCUGCUGCGUAGUACUUUGAAUUCUGCAUAGCUACUGUAGGAAAGGAGGCUUUCUAGAAACUGCAAGGCACUGUUAACUUGCAGUUAAGUACACAUGGAUUUCUUUGUCAAGCAAUAAAUAUAAUAGGUUUUUGGCCCAUACAAACUUGACUUCUGGGGGAAAAAAAGAACUAUUAAGAAAAAACUGUCUCCAAAUAUGUACUAUAAAACAAACUAAUGUAAUGUGAAGCAAACUCUAGAUUCACGUUGUAUCUUUUUGGAACACAGUUAAGGGCACAAAGUAGAAUAACUUCACUAUGGAACUUAAUGCUUGCAUAUGCUUUUGUUCUUGUUUAUAUGCAUGUUUAUUACAUAUUGCCCAGGUUAGAGUGAACAAAUUCAUUAAACGUGUAAUGCUACUGCUUGGUGGUGGUCUUUUACUGUAUUCAUGGUUAGCAUGGAGUGGUGUGGUGGUCCUGCAAAUAAAAACUGCACCUGUCCGUAAGGUUUUAAUAUACAUUUGCUAAUUUUAUAUUUUAUCUGUGAGGGACUUAGGAGUUUUCUCUAAUCUCUUGUUUCUUUAAGGAAGGGUAUGCAAUCCUUCAGGACCUUCUCCUGAGUAAGCUUCAUUGAGAUGUUGGGGAGCUGUGCAACUUCUCAUCUCAAUGAAUCUGGUGGCAUGGGGGGGGGAUAAUAUUGGACUAUGUCCAGAAGAAUGCUUGAUAAAUACAAAUAAUGCUUUUCAUUAGAUUUCUAGUGCUCAUCCCAGAGCACCAGAGAAGGUAACAGCAAAUUUUAAAAACAGGCCAUUUAAUUUUGUUUGAAAUUAAGUGAUAUAAUUUUGUUCUUAUCAUUUAAUGGUAGCAAAGUAAGAAUAUUGGACUGUAGUUGUAGCAACUGCUGAACUAUGACAGAAGGGCAAAGCUUUUGCAGUUUUAAAUGUGCUCAUUUUUUUCAGGAUGGUACUGGAUCUCUAAAACGCAGUGGCUCCUUUAGCAAACUUCGUGCUUCAAUUAGACGCAGCAGUGAGAAGUUGGUUAGAAAGCUGAAGGGAGGAAGUUCACGAGAGAGUGAACCAAAGAACCCCGGGUAAUUAUUUA